AUCCGGAAGGUGUUUUGAGACUAAGGAAGGUUGGUGACUGAUAUCUUUGGCAGAUAUCCUAGGCACAGCCAACCAAGAGCCAGGAAUAAGAUGGAAAGGAUAAGAAUCUGGAGGUACCAACAAUUGCUGUUUGUAUUACUGCUUAUCAAUGACUCAGGAUUACAAGGUCCCUUGUGCAUAGAAGAGGGAAGAGAUGCAACUCUGCAUUGUUCCUACAACAUUAUGAAAUAUUUUUAUUCCCUAAAGGCCUGGCAGAGAUUAAAGAGUGAAAAUCAAGUGGAAACCCUGAUACAAAGCAACACAGAUGGGGAGUUCAAUCAGUUCAGGGUUGGCAAAUAUCUACUGGCAGACAACCCACCUGAUGCCAUGAUGAAUUUCACAAUCCUAAGCUUCCAGAAGCAGGACUCUGGAAUGUACCAGUGUAUAAUCGAUAAGUCGCCCCAGAAGCCCCUGGUCUUGCGUAACCCUUUCCUAUUGACUACAUGUGAUGCAACCACUGAAAUUACUCCUGGCAUACCAACACCCCAGAAAGUCACUCCCAGAAGAAAAGAAGCCCCAACUACUUUACCCACAAAAACAAAGUCUUUGACAAACCCCACUCAACCUCCUGUCAAAAGCACAAUCCAUAGUCUCACUACAACCCCUGAAGCUAUGCACAAUGAGACCAUCUCUGUUCUUUCCAGGUUUUCUAACGUGCUUGGUGUGACAUUUGGAAUGCUUUUGAAUAAGAUUCUGGUAUCCAUCACCUUAUAUAUUCUCCUCCGAAAGAGGACUGGGUGCUAGCACCCUUGAGACUGACCUUCCUUGAAGAAUAUUAUUUUUCAUUUUAUUUUUUGGUUCAUGUUUUCUUGUACAAAAUGACUGAUAUGGAAAUAUGUUUUGCAUGUUUGCACAUGUAUAACUAUUGGAUUGCUUACCAUCUCUGGGAGGGAGAAAGGGAAGGAGAGAAUUUGGAACUCAACAUUAAAAAUUGUUUCUAUGUAUAAUUGGGAAAAAUGUUAUUUAACAAAAAUAAAGAGAAACAUAGUGCAAGAUUUUUUAAAAAAAUGGAGUAUGGUUUAAGGGAGGUAGGACUUGUCCAGGAUUUGUACAAUCUGAAUUCUUUUUAUAAUUAUCAAUUUUUUUAGUUGGAAGGUAUGAUAGAACCAACAUUUCUCAGAAGCAUUUUCUUUCUUUUCAACCCAACAAUGUAAAGAGGCUUUCCAAAGAUGUCCCUAAGGCCUGAUAGGUUUUAGCUUCCUUGAUUCAGCUUCCUGAAUAUUGGGUAUAAUAAUUCCCAGUCACAUAUAGUCUGCACUUGUGGUUGCCUAAGGCCUCAUAACUUGAGGAUUUACUGACUAGAGUAUUUUCAGAUGGAGAUGAGGGGAUUUGGUCCAGAAGAGCCAAAUGCUGAUAUAUUCUUGUUGCAUAUCCUUGCUGUAUUAGGGCAAAGUAAACCUCUUUUGUUAAAUGUUCAGUGAA